CACCUAUUCACUCCACACAACGAUAGAGGAAUGCAAGGGUGUUAAUGCUUGCUGGCAAGCAGCCUGCGUAUCCGGUCAGUAAUAAUAAUGGCGCAUCCACGUCGAAUUCGGCGGCACCGUUCAUCCCUGGAAGGAGUUAUCGUUCCUUCAUCACAACCUUUGCCCCCCGAAGAGCGUGACCUCGCGAUCCGAAUUUUUGAAGAGAUUACUCUGCAUUUUGAGCGUUACCAGGCAACUAACAGCGGUUAUAAACCGAUCACUCUUAUCAGACUCAUGAAACACGAAGUCUCAGAGACAGACGAAUUCUUGAGCUUCUUUUUCUCCUUUACCGGGCAAGAUCUACUUGACGAGGAGGAUGGAGGAAUCGGUCUUGAUCAAAUCUUAUCACACCUUGCUGGUUUUUCUAACUGGUCAGCUGAAGAGAAAGACGCUUUAAGCGAAAGUUUCGUUACAUUCGCCAAGUAUCUGGUGGACAAUUUCUUCCUACCACUAAAAGCGUUGGCAGCUAAAACCCCUCAACCUACCCCCUCCCGGUCCAAACCGCAUGAAGCCGCCAUUGGAACACCCCAACGCGUUUCGAACCUUAGAAAACUCUGUCUUGGUCGUGACCGCCACCGAUGUGUUAUUAGUCGGAAAUUCGAUGCCCAAGAAGCCCAGAAUCGAUAUAAGCGAGAUGGGCGUGAUGUGAAGGAUGAUGAUGGCAAGUCACUACUACCAGAACGUGAUAUCAUGGCAUAUCUUGAAGUUGCGCAUAUAAUACCCCACUCCCUUAACUCAAUUACCAGCGGAGGAAGUGAGGGGAGACUUAUCCGAAGCAAAUUGCUCACCGAAUCCUAACAAUGUUUAACCCUAUCGCUAUCCACUUAAUUGAUGGCGUUGAUAUUGACCGACCAAUGAACGCAUUAACCUUAACACA